CAAAUACACCAAGCCAGCUUCUUUGUGGGCAGCUUUUCUCAGGAAAGUCAAAUCUAACUAUCCCCCAUCCCUGUUCUCUCUGUAACUCACUAACACGGUUGUACUGUCCUGUCAUUCCCUGAUGAAUAUUUUCUGUUUGAUGGACCACCUUCCCUAGUCAAGCCAACCCUCCAGUGCAGGGUCACUCUGUUUCUCCAGCCUCUGCACAGUGCCUGGCACCUACAUGCUCCCUAAGUGAGAGAACGACACCUUUAAAGCACCGGAUAGAAUCACCGACAUUGCAUCCUAAAGGGUGGCCAGUAGUCCCUGAAGUGCCAGUCCUCAGGUCACAUUUUGAAUUUUAAAUUUAAUUGUUUUACUAUUUUGCCAACAAGAAAGUUGCUCCAUGAAUACUUACUACAUAUUCAAAGGCAACUAGCUAUCUUUAGGGGGACGCCCUGGAACAUCACCCCAUCCUCGCCGGCUCCACCCCGCGGUCCCAGAAAGACUUGUUGACCUCCAGGGUCGUCGCUCCCCUACUUCACUCCUGUUCCUCCCACCUCUCAUCCCCGCGCGUCUGGGUGACCGUCAGGAAGCCCCGCUAACCGCCACAGGCGCUACAUUGAGCGCCCUGCCUGCGCCGCACGCCUGUCGAGAGCGCGAUCCUGACAGUUUUUCCAGCCCUUUCUCUGGAGCUCGGCCCUCCUACGCAGUUUCUGGACCUUCCCGGCAUCCUGGGCCGUGUUUCACUGCAGAGACACAAGCAAGCAUCCUCCACAAGACCCGAUCGCGUUUCUGCUCCUCUUUGAGUGGAAGACGAUUCAGUGUCCCCGCGGAGGCUUCUGGGAACUGUAGUUCAGCCAAAAAGAAAAAAAGAAAAAGCCACUCUGCGCAGGCGUACAUCAUCACUUUUGCCUCCCACUCUCCCUCUGGGAAAAGGAGUCCCGAAACCCUAGAGUUGCAGCACCGUGAUUUGUGGGAAUUAGGGUCCCCGGCUCCAAAAGCAUGCGCACGCGCGAUUCCGCUUCAGGCUGCAGGCUCCAGCUCAUUGUGUCCUGACUGUUAUGUGGCGGCUAUGCUCUGUCGCCGCGGUGGUGGCGCCUCGAAGGGCAGCCCCGCGGUGACCAGCAGCGUCCAGAGUGGAGCCGGAGAGCGACGGUCAGGUCUGGGGGAAGGGCGUGCUGGGUUGUGGUCCGUUUUAGAGGACAUGGAUCCCAUGCCCUUAACUUCGCAGCAUGUGUACUGAGAUUUGACUCCACACAGAGAAAGGACUGGCAAAAUGGUCUUGUGUUGGAACUGAGGGGUCCGAACGUGAUUGCAUAUGGAGAAGGGUGGUUGUCUCUAGCAUGUCUGAGGGCAGACUCAGGAAGGCGGUAGCAUCCAAUUGAUGAGCAUAUUCCCGGUGGGGCUUCAAGUCCUGUCUGAGGAACUUGAGAAUGGGGCAACUGCAGUGCAGCCCCUGCAUGUGACAAAGCGGUGAAGGGUGACUUGUGUGAAUGAUCCCCGCCCCACACACCCCCACCCCACCCCUCACACUCAUACACACCAUGCAAAUACACUGCCUUUGACUCCGGGUCACUUAACCGAACCCAAAGGAGGAUCCUGAGACCACAGAAGAGUUUGGCCUGCAAGGCUUCUGAGAUGAAGAUCUGGCUUGCUUAGCUCCUCUCCCUUUCCCCCUCCUUCCCUCUCAUCAGGAUCAAGCUGUCCCAGGAGGAAAGAUGUCUUCAGACUCCCAACCAUACCUUUCGGGAAAUGGACAGAGGAUGGUUUGAGACCUGCCGGCCUGGACAAGCUUUCUUCAAGGGAAAGUCAAAGCUGUAAGACGCAGAACGGGAAGGCAUGGAGGAUCUCACCAAAGGAAAGAUGCCAAGAGGAAAUGGCAUGGACUUGGUGACCUUCAAGGAUGUGGCUGUGCUCUUCACCCAGGAGGAGUGGAGACGGCUGAGCUCUGCCCAGAGGGCCCUGUACAGGGAUGUGAUGUCAGAGAACUACAGCAACCUGGUCUCGCUGGGACUCUCGGGAUCCAAACCAGAUGUGUUUUUUCGUCUGGAGAAGGCAGACAAAUGCAUGUCAGAGGACGCUGCAGAAGGCUUUGUUCUUGGAGGGAUUACAAUGACCACGAGUAAGAAAUUUCUCAGGGCAGAUAUUCCUAAAAAAGAAUCGGAUCAGUGGAUAAUGAAGGAGAGAGUCACCAGAGGGACUCACUGGGAAUGUGCUAACCUGUUAGACUGGCCGUACCAGGAAGGUCAGGAGGUCAGGUUUCGGCAAGUGGUCCUCACCCAACAGUGCACUCCAUCAACGCUUAGUGGGCAGAAAGUCGAGGCCUCUGAGGUCUGUGCGGGGAGCUCAUUACCCAUUCAAAGUCAGCGAUCUCAAGCAAGCAAAAAAGCUUUGGAAUGCAGUGAGUGUGGAAAAGCCUUCUCUAAGAGUUCCACCCUUAAGAAACAUCAGAAAAUUCAUACUGAAAAACUCAACACAAGUCAGAAAAUGCCUAUUAAAGACAAGCGCUAUGAAUGUAGAGAAUGUGGGAAAGCCUUUCACCAGAGUACACACCUUAUCCAUCACCAAAGAAUUCACACUGGUGAGAAACCAUAUGAAUGUAAGGACUGUGGCAAGGCCUUCUCCGUGAGCUCUUCACUUACCUACCACCAGAAAAUCCAUACUGGAGAAAAGCCUUUUGAAUGCAACGUCUGCGGAAAAGCCUUUAUCCGAAACAUACAUCUCUCCCACCAUCAUAGAAUACAUACUGGAGAGAAACCUUUCCAAUGUAACAUUUGUGACAAAGCUUUUGUUUGCAGAGCACAUCUUACCAAACACCAGAACAUUCACAGUGGUGAGAAACCCUAUAAAUGUAAUGAAUGUGGGAAAGCCUUCAAUCAGAGUACAAGUUUUCUUCAGCACCAGAGAAUACAUACUGGAGAGAAACCCUUUGAAUGCAGUGAAUGUGGAAAAGCCUUCAGGGUGAACUCUUCCCUUACUGAACACCAGAGAAUUCACACUGGGGAGAAACCAUAUAAAUGUAGUGAAUGUGGCAAAGCAUUCAGGGACAAUUCAUCUUUUGCGAGGCAUCGGAAAAUUCACACUGGAGAAAAACCUUACAGAUGUGGCUUGUGUGAGAAAGCUUUUAGGGACCAGUCAGCCCUGGCACAGCAUCAGAGAAUUCACACUGGAGAAAAGCCUUACAUGUGCAACAUCUGUGAGAAAGCUUUCAGUGACCAUUCAGCCCUUACCCAACAUAAGAGAAUUCAUACAAGAGAAAAACCAUACAAAUGUAAAAUCUGUGGGAAAGCCUUUAUACGAAGCACACACCUCACUCAGCAUCAGAGGAUUCACACAGGAGAGAAACCUUAUAAAUGUAACAAGUGUGGGAAAGCCUUCAACCAGACUGCAAACCUCAUCCAGCAUCAGAGGCAUCAUAUUGGAGAAAAAUGAUAUGUAUGAAUGCCGCUCAUAUGGAAGUACUGUGGGAUUGAUGUCAUUAAUUAUUGAAUAUAAGAGAAAACAUAAAGGAUCACAAUUGAGUCUUUUAUUAGGAUGGUUGUAUUUACUAGGAGCCAAGUUUCACGGUGCCAUGGGUUUUGAGACUGUUAAGGAUGGCAAACACACCUUUCUCUUUAGUACUGCUAUUAGUUGUACUGAUAGUAGUACUUUUUUUAAAUUGGCCUGAAUUACCAAGUAUUAGAACCAAAAUGAAACUUCAUUAAAAGUAUAAAUGUCAGUUUAUCAAAUUUGUAGUUUGUUAAGAUAAUUAUAAAAUUAUAAAAAUUAAGAGUGAGAAGCAAAUGAAAAGUAAGAAAAUGGUGAAUUUUAUUCUAAAUUUUCUUCUAUAAGAAAGUUGCCAUUUUUACAUAACCCUUUGUCUCCCCUCACCCACAUCCCGAUGCCUAGUUUAGAGAAGUUGCUGUCAGUCACCCAUGCAUGAGUCAAGAAUCAUUUAAAUCAUGCUUCUCAUGGUUCUGCUUCUGUUUCAGCCACCUUUUGUCAAAUCUCCUGGUUUACCUGUCCACUUGCUUCUUCCAUGUGUUCUCCUGGGAAGGUUCACUUGAAUCGUGUGACCCUCUUCUGACUUAGCUCUAACUGUUAUUACCGUGUUCCUUGUUAUCACCACCAUGGACCUCAUUCAUAAUGCAAAUCUGAAUUGCAAAAUUGGUAGUGUCCAUGAUACUCGAUUUCACACCCAAAUCUAGCUUUCAGAACUCAAAGUCUCUUUCUGGAGGGAAAGAGCCUUCAAAGGUAUUGUAUCACUCAGUUGUACAAGACCUCAGCUAACUACGAUACUGGUAAUACCUACAUAAGGGCUUUUCCCUGGUAGCCAUUGCCCUCUAGCCAUUCCAAACCAUAGUAAAGUUACACUGUCCACAGGAGUCAGGGGCUUGAUCAAUUUCAUGUGGGAUAGUCCCUACCAUCUAGUUGUGGUUGGUAUUCCUGGCCACUUCCACUUUUGUGACUUGUCAUCUCCCCAUAUACAGCUGACAAGAGACUAAGGCCAGUGUUCAGGUGCUCUGACCCAUGACUUGUUCCUGGUCACUCUUCUGUAGCUACUGAAUUAGAGUGUAUCUGCCACUCCCAUAUUAUUGAACUGUGCAUCCUGGUCCUUGUCCAGCUUUUGUCUGGGUUUCUGAAGGUAUUAACUCUGUGUUCUGUAAAAGCAAUAUGCCUAUAAGUUCUGCCUA